AUGAGCAAGCCUAGUGUACUUAAAGGGUGUCUCGAGAGUCUAGUAGCACUUGAGAAGACGAAAAGAAUACCCAAGAAACCAAGCUGCGAUGCGAGUCCAUUGAUCUCGAAUUUCGAAAAUUGGUCAGGCAAACCCCGGAAACUUUACUUGCGGGACGCACGGUCAAUGAAGAGACAGGGUCUUCCAUAUGAGCUAAACAGCAAUAUGUUCGCGCAACUUCUGGCAUCGCCAAUGAGACUAGACAAAAUUACAAGAGUUAGAGCUCCCAAGGAGCUGUUGGUACAGAUUAAGCUGCGAAAGGCUGAUACGGAUAUCUCAGCGGCUCGUGGUAAACCAUUUGAGCUUCGCCCAAGUUUUGGAAUGGAAAGAGGGCAUCCCACUUCGUAUGUAAGUAAUUCUGUGGCGCUCGUUCACAAAUACGCAUCCAGUGCCAUGAAGUGGCUCCCGUCAUCGGCAAAUUCCACCAUCAGGCACAUAAAUCAAGCUGACGUUGCAACACAGCCUGAAUGGUAUUCCCAGGCUUACACAGAGCAAAUGCUGGGAUCUUUACGAGAAGCUUUAUCGAGCACCUUAAUGCACCUUGGAAAGGCGCCUGAAAGUGACCCCAGAGAUGUCAUCAUUGUGUGCAAUCCUCAACUACCUGCUAUAAGCCUGCGAAAGUCUGAGAAUCCGUUUAUUGCCUUGGCCACAACUGUUCUUAAUCUUUACCCCAUUAAAGAUCCAGAGUUGGAAAAGGUCGUAAAUAAUCGGGACAUUGAGCUGUGUUCUUCAAAACACCGGUCACUAUGCUUUCUUAUUUAUAGAUUAUUGGCCUUUCAAGCUGAUCGUAUUAUAUAA